GUAGCAAAUUAAGGGUCAAUAAUUGAAUUGAAACACUCGAUAUAAAGCCGAGGAGCUGUAUUACCUUUCUCAUACUUCUAUUCUUCAAUUCGCUUGUUUUUCAUAUAAUCAUAUAUCAUCACUAGAGAUGACUUUAAGUGGUACACUGGUGAAUCAAAUUACCAUCAAAUCCGAUGGUGAUGUGUUCCAUGAAAUCUUUAGACAAAGACCACAUCAUAUAUCUGAAAUGAGCCCUGGUUGCAUAAAAAAUGUUGAUCUGCAUGAAGGUGAAUGGGGUGUGGUUGGAUCUGUGAUUGUCUGGGACUUUAUCCAUGAUGGGAAGGCAAAAGUGGCUAAAGAAGUGAUCGAAGCAAUCGAUGAGGAGAAAAAGUCAGUGUGCUUCAAGGUGAUUGGGGGUGAUAUAUUGGAGGCUUACAAGACAUUCUUGAUCACAGUUCAUGUGGACACCAAUGGAGAAGAGAACAUUGUGACUUGGACUUUCCAUUACGAGAAGCUCAAUGAGAAUAUUGAUGACCCCCACACUUUGAUGGAUUUCUGCCUCACCGUCACCAAGGAUAUUGAGAACCAUCACCUCCCAAAAGCAAACUGAAUCUAAAAUGCGUGUUUGUUUGUGUUAAUUACAUAUGGAGUGGAAUUAUGUUUUUUUUUUUUUUUUUU